AUGAGAGCUGUGUGUGUUUGGUUGUUUGUGGUGCUCUGGAUGCGCAGCCCUGACCGGGCAGCAGCGGGACACACACUCAACGACUCCUCACUUCAAGGAGAUGGGAUGUUUUCUUACAAGGAGCAUUUACUUAACGUGUCGGGGCAGCUGAAUAACCGGACUACUGGAUUCUUCCUCCUGGACUUUGACGAUGGGAUGCUGGAGGACUGGCGGUCUCUGGCCAGUAAGAAGCGCCGGGGCGGGGAGUCGCAGGACGGGAGCGUCAAGGCGCUGCUGGUGGCCGCUUACUCUCUGAUCAUCUUGAUCUCCCUGUUCGGGAACACUCUGGUGUGCCAUGUGGUGGUGAAAAACAAGCGCACCCAGUCCGCCACCAGUUUGUUUAUCAUGAACCUCGCUGUGGCUGAUAUCUUCAUCACUGUUCUCAAUACGCCCUUCACCCUGGUCCGAUUCGUGAACAGCACCUGGGUGUUUGGGAGGACAAUGUGUCACAUCAGUCGCUUUGUUCAGUACUGCUCCCUGCACGUCUCCACUCUCACACUCACUGCCAUUGCAUUGGACCGACGACAGGUGAUUUUACAUCCUUUGAGACCUCGCAUGUCCCUGGCACAAGGAGGUGUUUGGGUCGCUGUUAUAUGGAUAAUGGCCAGCUGCUUCUCCCUCCCACAUGCAAUCUACCAAAAACUAUUGACUUUUACAUACAGUAAGGAAAAGGAGCGCAGCCUGUGUGUCCCUGACUUCCCGGAGCCUUCAGAUGUAUACUGGCAGUAUAUUGACCUCCUGACCUUCAUAUUGCUUUACAUGCUACCACUCGUCAUCAUCACUGCCUCUUACACCACAGUAGCCUGCAGACUGUGGCGCCACAACGCCAUUGGUGACACUACAACAGCUCAGCACGCCGCCCAGAGAAGAAAGCGCCGGAGGACGUUGGCCAUGCUGCUCCUAGUGGUCGGAGUUUUCGCUGUCUGCUGGUUUCCACUCAACUGCUACGUGGUGCUGCUGUCCAGCCAGGCCAUCCACUCCUCUAAUGCCCUGUACUUCUGCUUUCACUGGCUGGCUAUGAGCUCCACCUGCUACAACCCUUUCAUCUACUGCUGCCUGAAUCCCACCUUCCGCCAGGAGCUGAGGCUCCUCUUCAACAUGUGCAGGAGGAAACAGAGGGCAGUGGUCGGGUUGGAGCCGGAGCUCCGCCCCGCUGCUGCCUGCACUCCUCGUCAGAGGGUUGCCUGGCCUGAAAACCAUGAGUCCUCAAGGCCAAGGCAUGCUUUGUCCCAGCCAGGCCACACCUCCUCACAGCAGAGUCAUGCCUCUUCCAUUCAAUCCCACAACCUAAAAGAUACGCAUGUGCUCUUCACCGCCAGGCAGUUCCUCACAGGAAGAACUGACAUCCUCUCAGUGGAGCCCAUUGUGGCUGUGAGCUAA